GUGGAAGAGAUUCUUUACACUGUUCAUGUGUGGUCCAGAUUUAAGGAAGACUUAAAAGUCUUCCUUAGAGAGGUUUUUAGCAGUUAGAGAGGAAAGUAACUCCUUUUUUAAAAAAACGAAGAAACUGCAUCUUCCCCAAAAAUCUUGUCAUAAUGGCGCAUAAAACAAAGGAGAUUUUAAAGGGGAUCUAGUGUAGAUGAGUGCACCAAGACAACAUUCACCUCACUUGCUUCCCCUUGAGAUGGUUCCUGGCUAUACUAAUGUGCGACAAGUGGUGAAGUGGUUGGCCGAGUUCAAUGCUUGGUCCUCAAAAAGGGCACUUGAAAAGCAAAAAGACCUAGUUUUGCUUAAGGCUUUCGAGGGGGGUGACAUUAAUGCAGCAUGGUUUCCUUUGCCGAAUGACAUUAUGCAAGUGAGGCUUGAAAGGCAAGACCUGCUGCCAGUGCCGAUUCAUUUUGCUUUUCCAUUGGUCAAAAUGGAAGAUUGGAUAGGCUGGGCCAAGGACAUGCUCAUUGAUAAUGGUUUUGUGGAGAUAUUGCGUGCUGCUAGAAUCCUUAAGUUAGUGGCUCUAUGUCAGACUUUGCAGAUUAGCAGUCACAUGGAGUGUCUCUGUCAUUUGGUGAGAAGAUCAACAGCAUAUAGCACUCUUGCUAAAGGAGUGCAUGGCACUGAUGGCCCUGAAGAAAGUGAUGAGGAGAAAUGCCAGUGCUUUUUCUCGUUAUGGAGAGGAGAGUGCAACAUUGAUUUCCUAACUUGGAUGCGAUACUUCCAGAAUGGCAAGGGCAAAGAUAGUCCAUAUGUGCGUGUAGCUUUUCUUAUGUCUUGGUUGAUCAAGUUUGUUCUUAGGGGUUUCCUAAAUCAUGAGAUCAUGGCUAAGUGCAUUUCACUAGCAAUCCGCUUGGCUGAGGGUUCACAAGUGUGCUUAUCUUUGCUACAAAUGUUUGUGUGGGAAAGAUUUCACCAAUACUGCCCUGGCCAUGUUACCAGUGGGAAAGCAUUGAAGGAAUAUCCUAUGGCGAAGUGUGGUUAUACUAGUGGGACAACCCCACUAACCUACUCUUGGAUAGGGAAAAGAAAAGUAAAGAGGCUAGUAGUCCUAGAGGUUGAUUGCCUUUUGGAUGACUACGACGAUUUUAAUUUCCAUGAAUGCAAAUCCAUGUCGGGGAUGUUUACACUACCCGAGGUGAGCUUUUUUGAUAAGAUGCUUCCGACAAUGCCUAGGAAUCAAAUUGUGAACUUUAAUGUGAGAGACUUGAGCCAUUUGGAGAUGCAAUUUGGCUAUGAUCAAGAUAUACCUCCUGCUCCUUCCUCGGAUAAGAUAGAUUGGAAUAGGGCCAUGCGACCUUACAUUGACGAAGCUACUACAACCAUGUGGAGCGAGGGUGCUGUCACACUUAGAUUUUUUAGCACUGCUAGAAUGUCAACUAUGCCACUGCUAAUGUUGGAAUAUUGUGGCGCAUUGCUAAAGAAAUUUGAGGCUUUUAUUCAAUCACUGCUAGAGGGCUUUUUGAUGAGAGAAGAUAACGGGCAAUGGGUGCCUGUCUAUCUGGCCAUUCCUAGCAUGGCAGAGGAGGAAUACGACCAAGGUGUGGUUUCAUAUGGCACCCCCAACAUGGCGAAGAAGUCGACAACAACAAAGACUCAACCAGAAGGGACGAUACUUAAGUCGUGCCCUAUUAGCAAACUAACUCCUUUUAGGGCUAGCAAUUUUGAACUAGUCCUGGGGGGAUUUAUACUUAAAAGACAUGCCAGCAUUGCCAUCACUGAGAAAGGUGUUGAAAAGGGCAAGACCAAGGCUACAAUCGGCAUCAACGAAGAAAAGGAGAAAGUGGUUACUGAAGAAAUUAGCUCUGACUCCAACGAUAGUAGUAGUGAUAAAUCCAAUGACCAAGAUGCCUCAUUUGAGAAUGAGAAUGAUGUAGGCGAUGUUGUGAAGAAAUCUAUCUCCAAUAAAAGCAAGGUGGACAUCAACAAGCCAACCAUGAGUCUAGUGAAGAAAGCUGUUGGCCCCAAUGAGAUAAAACAUAGUGAGCAGCCAUCCUCAAUUCCAAGUCAAGUGUGGGCAUGCCACCUAUUGGAUACCUUCCCAAACUUGACAACUCGCAGCAAAGCCAAAAAAGUGGUGGUUGAAGACAUCUUUGCAAUUCUCUAUGUAGCCAUGCGACAGAUGGAGGUAACCCUUUUCACUGAGAUAAAUGAGGACUUUUUCUAUCUGUGUAGAGAUGCCAUUGAUGAUACUGAGAGCAUAAACUUCGAGGUCAAUGUCAUCCGCACACAUCUAUCAAAUCUAGCGAAGGCAUACCUCAAGAAGAUUGAGUUUAACAUGACUAAAGAGCUUGUCCUCAAGUUGGAAGAAGGAUCAGUGACAGCCAAGGCACACCUGGAAUCGCUUAACCAAGAAAAAGAGCAUCUAAGUUCCAACGGUGCAACUGAACUUUGCCAGGCUUUUAUGGAGGCUACCAAGGCUUAUGGAGAUGAGCUUGGCCCUUUCUUGCCAUGAGUGGCCAUGCACCCUGGCUUUCUCUCCAUUUUCUAUUCUGCUCUCUUUGUUGUGUGUUAAUUGUUGGCGAUAUUGCCAUGAUGUAACCCUCUUAUUAUGUUUGUUUUGGGUUGAACAUCUUUAUUUCCAUCAAAGGCUGGAACCUAUUACUUGUUUGUUUUCCUUGGUUGUGGCUUUCUAUUGCACCGAGCGUGGUACUUAGACAA